AUGUCGUCCUGGAUGAGGUGGCAUGGACCCGCCAUGGCACAGCUCUGGGGCUUCUGCUGGCUGGCUGUGGGCUUCUGGAGGGCCGCUCUCGCCUGUCCCACGUCCUGCAAAUGCAGCGCCUCCAGGAUCUGGUGCAGCGACCCUAUUCCUGGCAUCAUGGCAUUCCCGAGGUUGGAUAACACGGUGGAUCCUGAGAACAUCACCGAAAUUUACAUUGCAAAUCAGAAAAGGUUAGAAAUCAUCAACGAGGAUGAUGUUGAAGCUUAUGUGGGACUGAAAAAUCUGACAAUUGUGGAUUCAGGAUUAAAAUUUGUGGCUCAUAAAGCAUUUCUGAAAAACAGCAACUUACAGCACAUCAAUUUUACUCGAAAUAAACUGACGAGUUUGUCUAGGAAACAUUUCCGUCACCUUGACUUGUCUGAGCUGAUCUUGGUGGGCAAUCCAUUCGCAUGCUCCUGUGAUAUUAUGUGGAUCAAGACUCUUCAGGAGACUAAAACCAGUCCAGACACUCAGGAUUUGUACUGCCUAAAUGAAAGCAGCAAGAAUAUUCCCCUGGCGAACCUGCAGAUCCCCAAUUGUGGUUUGCCAUCAGCAAAUUUGGCUGCACCUAACCUCACUGUGGAGGAAGGGAAGUCUAUCACAUUAUCUUGCAUUGUUGAGGGCAAUCCUGUUCCGAGUUUGUACUGGGAUGUCGGUAAUCUGGUUUCCAAACAUAUGAAUGAAACAAGCCACACACAGGGCUCCUUAAGGAUAACUAACAUUUCAUCUGAUGACAGUGGAAAGCAAAUCUCUUGUGUGGCAGAAAAUCUUGUAGGAGAAGAUCAAGAUUCUGUGAACCUCACUGUGCAUUUUGCUCCAACUAUCACAUUUCUCGAAUCUCCAACCUCAGACCACCACUGGUGCAUUCCAUUCACUGUGAAAGGCAACCCCAAACCAGCGCUUCAGUGGUUCUAUAACCGGGCAAUACUGAAUGAGUCCAAAUACAUCUGUACUAAAAUCCAUGUUACAAAUCACACGGAGUACCACGGCUGCCUCCAGCUGGAUAAUCCCACUCACAUGAACAAUGGGGACUACAAAUUAGUUGCCAAGAAUGAGUAUGGGAAGGAUGAGAAACAGAUUUCUGCUCACUUCAUGGGCUGGCCUGGUGAUGACGGUGCAGACCCAAAUUAUCCCGAUGUAAUUUAUGAAGAUUUUGGGACUGCAGCGAAUGACAUCGGGGACACCACGAACAGAAGUAACGAGUUUCCUUCCACAGAUGUUGCUGACAAAGCCGGGCGGGAGCCUCUCUCGGUCUAUGCUGUGGUGAUAAUUGCAUCUGUAGUGGGAUUUUGUCUGGUGGUAAUGCUGUUUCUGCUGAAGUUAGCAAGACACUCCAAGUUUGGCAUGAAAGAUUUCUCAUGGUUUGGAUUUGGGAAUGUAAAAUCAAGACAAGGUGUUGGCCCGGCUUCAGUCAUCAGCAAUGAUGAUGAUUCUGCUAGCCCACUCCACCACAUCUCCAAUGGGAGUAACACUCCAUCAUCUUCAGAGGGCGGCCCUGAUGCUGUCAUUAUCGGAAUGACCAAGAUCCCUGUUAUUGAAAAUCCCCAGUACUUUGGCAUCACCAACAGUCAGCUCAAGCCAGACACAUUUGUUCAGCACAUCAAGCGGCAUAACAUUGUUCUGAAAAGGGAGCUAGGCGAAGGGGCCUUUGGAAAAGUGUUCCUAGCUGAAUGCUAUAACCUCUGUCCUGAGCAAGACAAGAUCUUGGUGGCUGUGAAGACGCUGAAGGACGCCAGCGACAAUGCGCGCAAGGACUUCCACCGAGAGGCCGAGCUGCUGACCAACCUCCAGCACGAGCACAUUGUCAAGUUCUACGGUGUCUGCGUGGAGGGAGACCCACUCAUCAUGGUCUUUGAGUACAUGAAGCACGGGGACCUCAACAAGUUCCUCAGGGCACACGGACCCGAUGCCGUGCUGAUGGCCGAAGGCAACCCGCCGACGGAGCUGACGCAGUCACAGAUGCUGCACAUUGCUCAGCAAAUCGCAGCGGGCAUGGUCUACCUGGCGUCCCAGCACUUCGUGCACCGAGACCUGGCUACCCGGAACUGCCUGGUCGGCGAAAACCUCCUGGUGAAAAUCGGGGACUUUGGCAUGUCCCGGGACGUGUACAGCACUGACUACUAUAGGGUUGGUGGCCACACGAUGCUGCCCAUUCGCUGGAUGCCUCCAGAGAGCAUCAUGUACAGGAAGUUCACCACAGAAAGUGAUGUCUGGAGCCUGGGGGUCGUGUUGUGGGAGAUCUUCACAUAUGGCAAACAGCCCUGGUACCAGCUGUCCAACAAUGAGGUGAUAGAAUGCAUCACUCAGGGCCGAGUCUUGCAGCGACCUCGAACAUGCCCACAGGAGGUCUAUGAGCUGAUGCUGGGGUGCUGGCAGCGAGAACCCCACAUGAGGAAGAACAUCAAGGGCAUCCAUACCCUUCUUCAGAACUUGGCCAAGGCAUCUCCGGUCUAUCUGGAUAUUCUAGGCUAG